CUCUCAAGCUCAGCACACGGCUCAGUCGGAGUCGGAGGCUGCGUGUCAACCCAUCGUCAUUCGCAGCCUUCCCAGGGAUGCACACGACUCCGGAAUCUCUUGCCAUGGAUGAUAACGGCACGGAAUUCCUCAGUCACAGGUAACUGGACUUUUGACAGCCAGAAAGACUAAAAGAAAGGCUGCGAGAGCGAGUCCCAACGAAAACCGGACAUGACGGGACGGCGCGCCGGCCGGGACGGAACCCGCGUCGAAGGCUCGUGAAGAAGAACGAGUCGACGGGCAGGAGGAGGAAGCGGGAGUUGAUUUUCUUUUUUUUUUUUAAAUUUGAUUGAUUUGUCAAAAAAUAAUUAGGAGGGAAGAGUUGUGGCUUUUCAAGCGUGGCGGAACAAUGCGCGGUUUCAUCCUGCUGCUCCUCAACGGAACCGCUUGUUUGGUGGCCCUGAGUCAGGAGGACGACUCCUCGAGCGCCAAGAGCACCUCGGGAGACUCCUCCAAGACGGUGGGCCUCCUGAGCAGCCAGGCGACCCUCUCGCCACUGAGCCGCUGGAUGCUCCAUGGCAGAGGGCGGGCCGCCAACGCCACCUCGCUCGAACUGCCCUACCGCACGCCGGCUGCCUUCUCCAAGCAGGAGUUUUCCAAGCAGGAGUUCUGGGAGAUGCUGGGCAGUGACCUGCUCAAACAAGACACCUCGGGCUCCCGGGUCAAGCGGCGGCCCAUCGUCAAGACGGGCAAGUUCAAAAAGAUGUUCGGCUGGGGGGAUUUCUACUCCAACAUCAAGACGGUGCGGCUGAAUCUGCUCAUCACCGGCAAGAUUGUGGACCACGGCAACGGCACCUUCAGCGUCUACUUCCGCCACAACUCCACGGGCCAGGGCAACAUCUCAGUGAGCUUGGUGCCGCCUGUCAAAGCGGUGGAGUUCGACCUGGAGCGCCAGAGUGUGGUCUACCCCAAGGACUCCAAGAUCUUCAACUGCCGCGUGGACUAUGAGAAGGUGGACCGCAGCAAGCGCACCUCGCUGUGCAACUAUGACCCGUCCAAGACCUGCUUCCAGGAGCAGAUCCAGAGCCACGUAUCCUGGAUUUGCUCAAAGCCUUUCAAAGUCAUCUGCAUCUACAUUUCGUUUUACAGCACGGACUAUCGCCUGGUUCAGAAAGUCUGCCCGGACUACAACUACCACAACGAGAUGCCCUAUUUGCCCUCAGGGUAGGGGACUUGUGUAGGAAGCGGGGGGUUCACGGGUUGUUUUUCGAUGCCACUGUGUAGCCUGACUGGAGUAAUAUAUGCAAAACUCAAACAAUAUACAUAUGCACAUCACGUGGCAGUCGGGUAGGGGCAUUCCCAAAAUGGUAGAGAACGUCAGCGUCAACACACAAGUUCUUACCUCAACCCUCGUCAGCCUCCAUUCAGUCGGGUCACCGUCCUUCAAAAACAUUGCGCCGUCCACCGCAUGAAGAGUUUGGCUUUACAACAAGCCCCUAUCACAUAAAGGAGCUUCUGCAAAAUUGGCGUAGCACAGUAGAUCCGGGAUUUAUCAGCCUGUGCCUUUCUCAAAGAAGCGGGACAUUGGAUGCUCCAAGAAGUCGAAACGUAUCAUCCCGGCCCCGGAUUUUUCUGCUAUCUCCUUUCACACAACCGCUGUCCUGCCUCUGACAUGAGAGUUCCCUCGAACCCCAGCCCUCAUUGCUCCCGAACCUUUCACACUGAAUAUCUAUGAAAUCGUGUCAAAAAGACAAAAAGUCGUGUGCCAACAGAACAAUUUGAGCAUUUAGUUCCCUCCGGUUGAAUGUAUCGUGCAAAAAUACGCUUUCUGGAAGCAUUUUCGAGAGGAAACCGACCCGUUCUGGUCACUCCCGGUGUUAAACGCGCGGUAAUAUCUUGAAAGGCGACUUGCCGCCGGC